AUGAAGCCCUCAACACUCCUCUACGCCCUGGGCCUCGCCGAGAUGGCCACAGCAAUGCCCGUCCCCAUGACCAUCUCCGACAUGGUCUCUCAGAUCAAGGGUGAGGCUCGCCGCUGGACACACAUCACCCGCGUCUCCAUGCACCGCAUGCGCCCCGUCGCCAUCAUUCAGGAGCAGGAGCAGUCCGACGACAGCAAGGUCGAGGUCAUCUUCGACAACCGCCCCGUCUCCCCCUCAAGAGUCAUCCCGCCAUCACUCGUCCUCGCGGCGCCAAGGCCGCUCAAGACCGACUACCUCCAGGCCCUGUCGAAGCACCCCCAAGCAGCAAAGGACAGGGUCGUCGACGUGGACGGCACGGGGUCCCCCGAGACCAUCAAGCCGAUGACGCUCAAGGACGGCCUUGCGGAGCUGAUGCCCUCGAGGGUGCCCUGCUGGAAGCACGUGCAGGUGCCGAAGCCGACGAUCGCCAUCUUUGAGCAGCACCCCGACCUGAUCGUUUUGGGCGCCGUCAUCGCUCUGGUGUUGGUUCUUUUGGUGCUGGAGACGGUCGGCACGACGUUCCAAGGGGUCCGCAGCCACUACACUCUCCCCCAAGGAGAAAUCCGCCUGGAAGGCGACGAGAAGCCCUGCAAGGCCCCGUCAUUCCGCUCAGACGUGCCCCCGUACCGCGACGAGGAGGACCUCGAGAGGCAUUCAUGA